AAACACCAGGAAAAAAAAAAAAACUAAAAAAACCAAUCCUACGCAGAAAACUACUACGAGCGAAAAAGCAAUGGCUUCCAACAAAGCUAGCAGAGACACGAAAGCAGCGGCCGAAGGCAAAGAAGCCCACAGCCCCAGUGCAACGUCCUCGCCCAACGAGCUUUUACAACACAGACAAACAGCUCAGCAGAACUCCAUGGACGCGGUCAGGGCCGCAGAACAGCGCUACGAGAAGGCCAAACAAUCAGGCGCCUCGGCCCUUAGCGAGACCAAGGACGCAGCCAAGCAUGGCACCGGCGCUGCAACGGCCUAUGUUACCGGGAAGGGAGUGCAGGCCAAGGACUCGGCCAUGCAUGGCAUGCAUGCCGCGAAGGAUUACGUGACAGAUAAGGGCCGGCAAGCCUACGAUUAUGCAGCUGAAAAGGGUCGGGGAGGCUACGAAUAUUCGGCCGAGAAGGGUCAGCAGGGCUACCAAGCUGCUAAGGAUACUGUGGUGAGUGCUGGACAGACCGUUUCGGAGAAAGGUCAGCAGGGCUUACGCGCUGCUAAGGAUAGUGCGGUGGGUGUGGGCCGGACUGCUGCAGAUUAUACGCAGCAAGGCUUACAAGCUGCUAAGGAUAGCACGGUGAGUGUGGGCCAGACGGCUGCCGAGAAGGGUCAGCAGGGCUUGCAUGCUGCUAAGGAUAGUGCGGUGAGUGCAGGGCAGACGGCUGCAGAUUAUACCCAGCAAAUGGCUGUGCAGGCUAAGGACUAUCUACAGCAGAAGGGGCAGCAAGCUAAGGAUGCAACGGUGGAUGCUGCAUCUGAAUCAAAGCAUAAGCUUGGAGAGCAGACUCGUGGAACUCAAGAGAAGCUAAGUAAUCUCUCGAUUGGAGGAGAUACUGCUGGUGAUGAAGACAGGUAGAGAGUGGAAGACCAACCACGGGGAGAACGGAAGGCAGGCGAUGUAGUAUAUACAGAAAAUGUCAACCUCGAGGGACGCGAGGUGGGGGAGAAAAAAGGUAGCUUGCUUGGAGCUGUUGGCGAGACUGUCAUUGAGAUCGCUAAGUCAGCCAAAGAUCUAGUAAUCGGCCGAGACUCCAACAACCAAAAGGACUAGAGGAACGCAUUAGGAUUGUUUGUAGAAAUGGUCAUGUGAAAACAGACGGUGUGGUGUUAGAUUUUGCCUUUUCAUGUAGAAAGUUGGAUGAAGAAGAAUAAUAAUAAUGAUUUUUUAUUAAA